GCCGCGGAAUCGGUGCCGUUGCGCAUGGUCCCCUCUCAUCCCAUCGCAAAAUCGAUCCCUUCACCCUCCUCCCCCUUUGGUGGGUGCUUCAGCUGUUGUCCUCUCGCUGCAAAUGCCGAAGGAUCAUUGCGGAAGAUCGCUCGUGGUUGAAUGAAACAGAGACGUCGUGGGUUUAUACUAAUGCGGAAUUGUGUCUGUGUGGGUGGAAGAUGAGUCUCGCACCUUCAGCUCCAGCCUGUCGGAGGCUCUUCCCCUGGCCGUCGUUGAGAAUGUGGGCGGCUGAUGUUGUGUUAAUAUAGGUUCAAGUGCUCAUCACCAAUCACCAGCUUUUGGCUAGAGAUAAGUCCCAUUUUGGCAUCUACCCAGUUGGUGGAACAAAUUUCUUCGCUGUGCUGGCCCAUGUAAAAGUUUGUGGUGGAGAUACGGAAGAGGUGCAAAAUUUUUUGCGUGUCGGAGAAAUCUGUUCUCCUCUAGAAGGUCUUGGUUCUGUGGGGUUUGUGUCUUGGAGCAAACAAGUUAGGCAACCUGGAGCUUACACAAGUCCUCGCCGGGUUCGAGAGAGGGUACGGGAGACCGCUCCCGGCUAUGCCUAGCUCCACCCCCCUGUCUACGAUUGUAAUCGAGGACGACGACGGCGAUGGGAUUAGACGAGAGAGUGACCUGGAGCGCCUCAUGCGAUCCCUGAGCGACGAUGUUAGCUCGGUAAACCAUCAGAAGCAGCGUGUUGGUUACGACCAGCUGCUACAUCAACAGCACCACGAGUUUUCGCAUCCGUCGUCGAUGUUAACUACCCACACGACCUCAUUUUCGCAAUCGCCUUCAUUCCUGGCGGAUCUUCUUUCCAUGCCUUCCCCAGCUUCCACAAUCAGCUGGAACAGCACAGAUCUUGACCCUUUUUCUCGCUGGGUCGCUUCUCACGAUUUUUCUAGCAGUAGCACGUCCAGCACCAUAAAUCAUGGAUGUCGUCUGUCCCGCAGACAACCGCAAAGUCAGCAGGGGACUCACUGGGAGUCUUCACCACAGCACCCUCCAUGGUUACCCCAGCAGGGCGGAGAGUCCCGUCAUGUGUACGUUGAUACCCUACAGGAGAUAGUCAGCAAUUCACCUGCGUCCUGGAAUCAGCAGCUAGCAGUAUCUUCGACAGCAGCCGUGGACCUGACCAAGACCUCACACUCAGCAUCGAGGUCGUCGAACAGGCACACGCCACUGGGAUCACCGUCGCCGACAUCCUGGACCUCUCCGACGCACCUGAAUUCGGCCUCAUCCACUAUUCCCAGCACGCCGAACUCCCCUUUGAUUUCUGGCAGCUUCAGCAUUGCCGCAGUGGAGGAGGACCAGAGUCACCACGGCACCGGGAGCUCCAGCGUUGGUCCCUCUGUGCUACUGCCGCACCCUGCCGUUGGGCAUUCUGGUAGCACGAGUGACAAGCGCAAGUCGCCAGACCAGGCUGCCAAUGAGAGCUGCGACGAGAUUCAGUCCCUUGAUUGCAAUAUGCCAUCCACCAAGAGUAAACGAAAAGGACUGAAACGAAUGAGGGAGCCGCGCUACAGCAUUCAGACGCGCAGCAUCCUGGACAUCAUGGAAGACGGAUACAAGUGGCGCAAGUAUGGCCAGAAAGCCGUAAAGAACAGUCCUCAUCCUCGGAGCUACUAUCGUUGCACAAAUCCGAAGUGUCCCGUGAGGAAGAAGGUAGAGCGUUCCGCGGAUGACUCAGAGCUGGUGAUUACAAGUUACGAGGGCACGCAUACGCAUGUGAGUCCCGGUACAGGCUCCCGAGCUGCUUCCGACGCGCCUUUCCUUCCUGAUUCGGGCGAGUACCCGCCUGGCGGUGCUCCUUAUGUGCCCCCCACUAACCUCACGCCAGACCUUGCGCCCUCAUCAUCAUCAAGGACUAGGCUCGAAUAUGUCGCAUCACAAAGCUCCCCGAAGACCAUCCCCAUGAUGAUCAGCCAUGGUGCCACCGCGACGACUGCAACUGCAAUGGCGACCGCGAGCCAGUCCCGUCCCGUUUGCGAGGUUGAGCCAAGCUUCCUUGCGUCGACGAGAAAUGCAGGUCUGCUGAGGGCUCAGCAAGUAUCAGCGGGGGACAGUCAUCCGUCAUCGCAAGUCACCAAGAGUGGGAGUGACAAUCUGGUGCAAAACCUGCAAGGAGCGAUGUAUUGGCGCAGUACAGAAGCUCACUUUUCCGGGCGCGCGCAAGGGAGCGUUUCAUUGCGGCCAUCUUCGACGUCGCAAGCAUCUUCCAGUGGAGGAUUGCUGGAGGACAUUGUCAGGCACCGUCGCUGAGGGAUUCGUUGCGCCCAUUGAUCAUGUGCACAUACCUAUCAAUUGGAGGAGAUCAGUGAUCGCGUGUUGCAGCUACCAUCGUAGUUUCAGGGUCAGCCAGACACCCAAUGUGGGAUCCACGUUCCCUCGCCGCGACCAUGAUUUCUCCGCUUCUCACACCCCGACUCAAGCUCAAUUUCGUCCAAUUUCUUCGGUUGCGGAUGGAAGUGGCAUUAUUUCUUCACACGGUUGCAUAAAAUCUGGUUUAUACGCCAAGAGCCAAUUUAUGUCCUCUGUACACACGUGUGUUGAUCCAGUUUUGUACAAUCUACAGAUUACAGAACAGUCGUCCCUUUGAGGGCCGCGUAAAGGAUUGCUGUCAUUACUCCUACAAUUUUCAUUACAUCGUGGUCGCCUAAUCGACCAUGUUCUCAGGAAAAUUUUCCACAGGACUAGAAUCGAAAGUGGAUUAGAAUUAGCGAGUAUUUGGCUUUCUUCACUUCAAUCUGUAAUUGCUCAUUCAAAGCUCGCAAAGGAAAGCGCUCAUCACUUGAAGCAUUGUCAGUA